AUGAAUACAGCAGAGAUUAUAGCUAUAGCCUGUGGAGGUGGUAUAUUGAUCAUUGUGAUCAUUGUAUUCAUUGCAUAUUAUUUCAUCAGUAAAGAUCGUAAAAAGUAUACACCAUUAGAAAAAGGAAAUGUUUUUGUUUAUGAAAGAGAUAAUUCUCAACAGAUCAAAGAGGAUACAAUCAUAAUGAAUGCAAGAUUUUAUCUUAGAUCUACUAUUUAUAGUCUUGAUAGACAAUUGCCAUCGAUUGGUUCUAGAACAGACAAAAACUACUUUUCAGUUGUUGGCACCAAUCCUACAAAUAGAUUAGACAAUGAAAGAAUAAUGUCUAUGGUUCCAGUAUCAAAUCAAUGGCCAAUUCCAUUAUCUACAGAGGUUGGUAGAAAUACCUAUCGUACACUUGUCAAAUCUUUAGAAAUUCAUCCAUUUAUUAGUGUACCAUUAUUGGUAGAUUAUUUACCAGAUAAAAGAUGUGCAGUUUCAAUUAGACCUUUUUAUGCAAAGGGUUCAUUGAGAGAUUUUAUUCAUCAAGCAAAACCAAAGAUGAAUUACAAAGACAAACAUCGUGAAACAUUCCAACUCAACGAAAAGCUCAUCUCAAAGUUUGGUAGACAAAUACUAGAAGCUUUAAUGUUUAUGAAACAUCAUAAUUUCCCCUAUUUCCAUUUAAAUGCUUCAAAUAUUCUUUUAGAUGAACAAAAUAUUUUAAUAAGUGAUUAUGAAAAUGCAUUUUUAGGAUUAAAACCAAGAUUAUCAAAUAUUCUUUCAUCUUAUUCAUCAGAUUUGGAUCCAGAGGUAUUAUGUUUUGGAACUAUUUUAUAUGAAAUGGGAUGUGGUUAUGAACUAGAAUCAAAACAAUCAAUUGAAGUUGGUAUUCCAUCUCAUUGUCAUCAAGAAGUUAAAAAAGUAAAACAAAAGAGAAAAAGAAAUAUUUUAGAAUCAAUUUUUAAACCAUGGUAUGGAAAUCCACCAUCAUUGGAAGAAUUAUCAAAAUUGGAUUUCUUUUCUUAUCAUAAAUUUAAAAAUCUACCUAUUCAACGUAUUACCCACUCUUCGAGAGAAAAGGAAAUGAUAGAGGCAGCCAACAAAUUGAACAAAUCUUUUAUCUCUUCUCAAAAAGCAGAGAGUGUACCAUCAAUGAAGGAAUUUAAGAAACAAAAAAAGAGAAAACAAUUGACAUUUGUACCAGUUGAGAUUAAUCUUUCUCAAACAAAUCUCAAUGUCUCUUCUUCAAAUCCCCAACCAUUUUCAACUUCCUCUUCCUAUACUGGUAGUCAUUUCUCAAAUUCCAUGCCAUCUCUAUCUUCUUCAUUUUCAACAACCUCUACUACCCCAACUACUACUACUACUACUGCUUCUACUAUUUCAACCACCACUCUUUUCAAUACUCCUUCAAAGCCAACUAGUUCCUCUGCUGGAGGUCCACCAGCCCCACCACCACCAUCUGGAGGCCCACCACCACCUCCUCCUCCUCCACCACCACCACCAGCUGGAGGUCCACCACCACCACCACCUCCACCAUCAUCAACCCCAUCAGGAUCGGGAGGAGGUAGAAAGAAUUUAUUAUCAUCAAUUGAAAACUAA